AUGAAGGGCAUCCGAGGCGCCUUCCUGGGAAGAAGUCUAGGCGCUACGCUUGUCCGCCGCUCUGACCCCCGCGAUACACUCAUAGCUGCUUCAUUUUCUUCCGGCAACAACCCCAAGAACGAGACCGAGGGUAUCGCAGAUUCACAGCAUGACCUUGAGGCGCUCAAUCGGUUUACUUCAGGUCGUUGGCUUUGGAACGAGCGGGGGCAAUUUGCCUGUCGCUAUGUCAAGUUCGAUCUCUCAGCCCUUCUGCAAUUAGCUGCCUCUGCGGUCGGGUCGAGAUCAUGCACCCACGUGUUAAAGAUCUCAGAGGGCCAAUAUAACAAAGUAUUCCAGCUGACCAUGGAUGAUGGACGCGAGAUUAUUGCGAAACUUCCAAAUCCUAAUGCGGGCAGACCACACUUCACGACAGCUAGUGAGGUUGCAACUAUGGACUUUUUGAGAAAUGCUUUAAAUCUCCCUGUUCCGAGAGUGUACGCAUGGAGUUCUCGAGCAUCAGAGAACCCUCUUGGAGCAGAGUAUAUCCUCAUGGAGAAGCAGGCCGGCGUGGUGCUAACCGAUGUAUGGGACACCAUCAAGGGAAAGCAGAAUGUCCAAAUUCUGGACCAGGUUGUCGAUAUUGAAAGGCGCCUAGCAGCUACGAAAUUUUCCAAGUUCGGUUCCUUAUACUAUAAGGACGAUCUUCCGGACAAUUCUGAUUCUGCUUCGUCUCUAUACCUUGAUCCAACUGGGAACAAAGUGUGGAGCAAAACAUUUGGCAUUGGACCGACUAAUCACCGUUCUUUCUUUGACUUUGGGAGAGGCCAGUUGGAUAUUGAGCGUGGCCCAUGGUCAACAGUUACAGAAUUUAUGACGGCUAUUGCUAGGAGGGAAACUGCAACUGCAAAGGCAGGUCUCCGGUACCCUUUAAUGCCGGAAGGGCUUUUCUAUGGACCCAGACAAUACCAGCCUAGCCUCUCCAAAAAGCUCUCCGCGUUGGAAGGCUAUCUCAAGGUGGCACUUCAAGUCCUCCCAGAAAACGAAGCCACCCAUGCCUCAAUUUUAUGGCAUAGCGAUCUUCAUUCCCAGAAUAUAUUUGUCGACCCCGAAGACCCAAGCCGUAUUGUGGGAAUUAUUGACUGGCAGUCCGUCAGUGCAUGUCCGAUUUUCAUCCAGGUUGGACGCCCAGCGUUUCUCGAUUACAACGAUGAACAGCGAAAGGCAAAGGACCUUCAUAGGGCACAGACACUGCAUAACCUCUAUCUAGUCCGGUGUCUGCAGCAUAAUGAAACAGUCUUUGAAGCGAUACAGGGCCAGAAUACUCUCCGGCAUCAGGUUAGUGUGGUUCCAGGAUUGGCCUUGAUGGACUACGAGCCGCUCCUCAACACCCUGCUGAGAGAUGUCGAGAAAGAAUGGGGACGUAUUGUUGGAGUGGGGGAAGAUGGCAGAUCUGCAACGCCGUUCCCAUUACAGUACUCAGAAGGAGAAAUCCAACAGCAAGAGCGGGACGGCGAGCUAUGGGCCCAAGGUGUCGAACUCAUGGAUACAUUUGUUGCCGACACUGGCUGUCUUAAACAUUGGGACGGUAGAGUUAGCGAUGUGGAUUAUGAGAAGUCGAAGAGAGAGCUAGAUGAGGGGGUGAAGAGGUUCUUGGACCGUGAAGCCAGGAAUCCUGAAGAGCAAAGGGAGUGGCUUGAGGCCCUAGUUUUCGUGGAUUGA